AUGGGCUUCAACUAUGGCUUUUUGAGCCACAGCGAUCCGUUGGUGUUCGAUCCCACCAACUACAUCUUCAUGACCAAUGGUUUCGGUCUCUUUCUUACACAGAUCAUCAUCAUCAUCAUACUAUGUCAGCUACUCGGUAAGCUGUUCAAACUCGUCGGUCAGCCAGCUGUCGUUGGCGAGCUGCUCGCCGGCGUUCUCCUCGGUCCAACUGCUUUCGGUAACAUUCCAGGCUUCACCAACACAAUCGUGCCAAAAGAAGCGCUCGGCCUCCUCAAGCUCAUGGCCAACAUCGGUCUUUCCUUCUUCCUCUUCCUGAUCGGUCUCGAGACUGAUACAGAUUUGAUGGCUAAGUACUGGCAAAAAGUCAUCCUGAUCACAAUGCCCGGCAUGGCCAUCCCAUUUGGUAUCGCGGUUGGUAUCUCCAGGCUCAUCUGGCAGCUCGAGACAGAUCAGACCGUCAACUUCACCACCUUCUUCCUCUUUGUCGGUACCGUCAUGGCCGUCACUUCACUCUCGGUCCUUUCGCGGAUCAUGGCCGAAAUGCACAUCCUAAACACUCGCCUUGGCUGCAUCACGAUCGCAUCUGGCGUGUGCAACGACCUCAUCGGAUACGUCCUUCUCGCACUCGGCUCCGCUUUGGGCACAGGAGGCAAGCAGAUCAACGCGCUCUACCAACUGCUCGCAGCUGCAGGAUACAUUGCCGUUCUUUGGUUCAUUUUCAGGCCCAUCAUGAAUAGGCUCAUCGAUCGCAGCGGAUUUGACAUGACAACGGGAGCUGAAGACCGCGUCCCAGAACACCUUCUUGUCAUCGCCCUUCUAGGCGCGCUCAUCAGCGCCUUCUUCACCGAUGCUGUGGGCGUACAUCCUAUCGUCGGCGCCUUCAGCUUUGGCGUGUGCUGUCCACAUGGCAAUUUUGCCGUCAAGGUCACAGAGAGUAUCGAAACGCUCGUCAUGCUCGUGUUGUUGCCUCUGUAUUUCGUCGCCAGCGGUCUCAGCACCAACUUCAAGCUACUGGACGAUGGCACCACCUGGGGUCUCAUCGUCUUGCUCGUCGUCGGUAUCUUUGUGAGCAAGUUCAGCGCCACCGCUGUUUCUGCCAAGCUUGCCGGGAUGACAUGGCGCGAGUCAAUGUGCGUUGCAAGUCUCAUGCAGAGCAAGGGUAUCAUCGAAAUCAUCAUCCUCAAUGUGGCGCUCGAGCUCGAGGUGGUCAGUCCAAAAGUCUUUGCCAUGCUCGUCAUUUGCUUUCUCUGCACCACCAUGUCGGUUCGACCACUCUCGAGGUAUGUCUACUUCUCCAGCCUUGCAGAGCAAGGUGCAGCAUCGGAGAGGGGUCACGCGGACGAAAAGUACACAGACUCGAAUGACGAGAAGCUACAAUCUCGGCGUGGAUCGAAUGAGGAGCCGGAUCGCUCCGACUUCCCGAUUACUAUCGCCAUCGCAUCGCCAAGUCCAGCAACCAAGACACUUAUGUUCCUCCUCGACCUCAUUGGUCAGCAUCAGCUCAAGGGGCAUCUUGACACGGGCAGCAUAAGCAGCGACGAUGACAGUGCUACAAGUCAGAUCGCUGUCGAUCUUCUCCGCUUGCUGCCGAUCGAGUAUACCACAUCGUCCAUUAUGCAGCUGAUCAACUAUUCCGAGGAGCGCCAUCGUGACGAGAUGAUGGAGAGUCUGAAGCAGGUUCAGCAGCUCUGUAGAGUACCCACAUCCGCCAUGCUAGCACGCGAAAGAAGAUUUGGCUACUUGUCUACCACUGCGACAAUGCCUGGCACCAGGAGCGACCCCGACACUGCACUACCGCCCGAUACCUUCAUCGUUCCGAGCCACGACAUGAUCAAGACGAUUGGACAGCAGAAUGCAAAAGCGCAACAUAGGCUAGGUCAUUCAGAACCAACGACUUCUGAGCUUGGACAAGGCUUGGCGCUCGUCACUUGGGAAGCGCAUCACUCUUACGGUCGAGGUCUGUCAUGGCUAGGCGCAGCUGCUGCUGCUAGUGGUCUUUCCUUCUCAAAGACGAUGAACGAGGAAGAUGCAGCUAUGAGCUUCUGGCAGGCCAACUCGGACGCCCAAUCGCUGCCCGCUCGGCUCUUCCGCAGCCUUCGCAAGCAGUGCUCAACAGGUGUCCUCCUCGAUCCGAGCAUGUCUCGCAUCUCUGCCAUGCCGCAAUCUGAUCGAGACUUGACUGCUCUGCGACGUGAACUCGAGCAAAGCCACGGGCUGCGCAGGACGCCUGGGGUCAGACGCAUCAUUGUCCCCUUCUUUGGAGGUGCAGAUGACCGCGCAGCGGUUGAGCUCUUGCAGAAGAUCGUGUCGACUUCGGACGGCGGUGUGCAGGGGUUGGUCCUCGCAUUCACAAACGGGGAAAGUGAGAGCGGUGAAAGGUUGUUCGCAGAAGACACGUUGCGAGCAGCGACAGCAGCGGCGGCAAUGCCGACUGACACCUUGGCAGCAGACGAAGAGUACAUCAACUCGAUCAACUUGCAGACCAUCCAUCAGCAAGACGCUGCUCGAGUCGAUGCUCGCUUCCUCUUCCACCAGCAGGAUGCAUCAGCGACCAUCAAGUCUAUUCCAGAAGAAUUUGUCAGCAACGCACCCGCCGAGUCUCCUUCCGGCCCUCAAGAAGAAGCUCCUGCCAAGAUCCAGCCAGCCACCCCGCACACAGAAGCAGGAAUCGUAUUCAUCAACUUGCCCAACAACUCUGAAACUUCCAACAAACCGGUUAAGACAAUGGCCAAAGUUCUUCUCCCCCUGCUUGACGAGCACAGCGAUAUGGUCUUCAUGGGUCGAGGAAAGUGGAAUCAGCGUCCGAAAGAGUUCAGAGCGGAGGUGGAAAAAAUGCACGCCGACGAGCAAAAGAUGUCAGAGGAGACAAAGGAAGAGUUGCGGUCUGUGGGAGGAUGUCUUGGAGCUGUCACUCAGGGCGUGAUGAUGCUCGGGCUGAGGAGUUGCAGUGUUGUGGUUCAGGCCGCUGCACAGCGGUGA